CCCAAUUAAUCCGAGUAGAGUAGGACUUGAGGUCGCGUCAAAGAAUCUCAUCCACGCACCGCCCCUUCCCUCCCCUCCCCCCGCUGUGCCACGCGACGACGGCACGAGCUCAUCGCCGCCUCUCUCGCCGCUGUUGACGGCAGUGAUGGCCCCAUCCUCCGCCUCGGAGAGACCACGCCGCGGCGACGGACUCCCCUUCUUGUGCUCCGCCGGCCGCUCCAUGCAGUCUCUCACCACCAACAUCCUCUCCCACCUCCCCUUCUCUCCCUUCAACCCUAGCCGCACCACCCCCACUACCAAAUCUCCCAUGGCCACUCCACCGGGCGGAUCUGCCUCCGUUACCUUGCCCCUUCUCCUUCCCCCUUCAUCCCUCUCCUCCUCCGCCGGUUCCUCCUCUCACCCUGGCAUGAGCCAGGGCGCGGCGUCGCCGUCGCCGUCGUCGGCUAUCAAGAGCUUUACCUCGGGGGUGAGGAUAGAGGGGCUCGUCUCGAGCUCCAAGGCCGGAGGUGGCCCUGCUUUCGUCGGGCAGGUCUUCAGCAUGCUUGAUCCCUCCGGCAAUGGGCUCAUGACUGUCACCACCCGAUUCGACAUCCCUUUCCUCUCAAAGAGGACACCAGUGUGGAUCAAGAAAAUACUUGCAACAGUUUCAAACAACGAACAGAAAGGCCCUGUUUUUCGAUUUUUCAUGGAUUUAGGUGAUGCAGUUUCAUAUGUUAAACGCCUUAAUAUUCCAACUGGUAUGGUGGGUGCUUGCCGCCUUGAUGUAGCAUAUGAACAUUUCAAGGAAAAGCCCCAUAUGUUCCAAUUUGUUCCAAAUAAAAAACAGGUAAAGGCAGCCAAUAAGCUUCUUAAGCAAAUCCCUAUGAAACAUGGGAAAAGAAGGGUUGAUGGUGUUCCUGUCUUUACAGCCCAGAAUUUGAAUAUUGCUAUAGCAACAAGUGAUGGACUAAAGUGGUAUACACCAUACUUUUUUGAUAAAAGAUUGCUGGACAAUAUUCUCGAUACAUCAAUCGAUCAACACUUUCACACCUUGAUGCAAAACCGACACAUACAACGACGGCGGGAUGUUAUCGAUGAUAAUUUAACAGCAGAUGUAGUUGAGGAAUACAGUGACAGCUUGUUUGAGCCUCCAGAGGUUCAAGAAAUGAUGGAUGAAAUGGGACAAUAUGGAAUACCACUUAGCGUCAUAUCAAAGGCUGCAGAGAUUCAGCUCCUUGAUGUUGUUGACAAAGUACUUCUCGGGAACAAGUGGUUGAGAAGAGCCACUGGUAUUCAACCCAAGUUCCCUUAUCUGGUUGACUCAUUUGAAGAACGGAGUGCCACUUCAUCGCUGAGGUCUUCUUUAUUGGCCACCACAGCUCCUAAUACAGAAGGCUCUGAUAGCGAGCAACCUGAUGUGCAAUUUGAUGCUUCAAGGCGCGGUUCAGACGAUAACCUACAAGGAUGCCAGGCUCAGUCAUCACGUCAAACUGGUUUUCAAUUUCCAUUUUCAAACUUGUUUCAAAAUCCCUGGUCAAGACAACAACAAAAACAGCAAAAUUUCGACAACCAGAUGAAGUCAAAUGCCAGGUCUGAAAGUGGUGCUAUGAAUGAAUUAUUGCUGAAUCCCCUUCUUCCAAAGAUCACAAUGGUUGGCAUCUCAAUGGGCGACGGCCAGAUGAACAAAGCAAACUUGAAGAAAACAAUGGAAGACUUGACAAAGGAGUUAGAGCAAGCAAGUCACAGGUCCAAACUGAUCGAAGACAUGGAUCCCCUUUUCAUAGCAAACGUGGGUGAUUACUCUGGCGUCACAAGGCUGAGUUCUUCGUGAUGCAGAAACCACGAACAAACUAUGGUGAUCAUUAUCCAUUUUUGUUUCAUGCUUUAUGAGUAUACUCAGAAAAGGGCUUCAUUCAGGAGGCUAAGCAAUAGAUCUUGCAGAAGUAGGGGCCAGCUGGAAUUGAUUACUGAUCCAACUCAACUCCUAGAUAUCUGGAUGUGUCCUAACAGGUGGGAGCUAACCAUGAGCACACAUGCGGUGGAUAUCGAUUGUUCUCAGUCAAUUUUGGAUUGGCACCUUUUCCAUUAGUUUACUGUGUUGUUGCCAAUUCUCAGUCAAUUUUGGAUUGGCACCGAUCGUUUCCAUUGGUUUACUGUGUUGUAGCUUGGCAAUAUCCGUUGCGAUGUACAGUCCCUGGAAGAUCACACUGGAGGUUUGAUGUUAGAACCAGUGCCUGAUGGAAUCAACACCAAAAUCAUCUACAGGAUAGUUGAGUAGCCCGUACUGAAGUGUGUCCUGUGCCAUCCCAGAAUCCAUUUCUGCAGAAGAACCUCCUUCUAUGUUGUAAUAAUUGGAGCCAAAUGUUGGCAACAGUUGUUUGCACUACUCAAAUGCUCUUACCUGUAAUGCAAAAUAAUGGAACAACUCUUUUUUUUUUU